AUGAACCGCUCGCUGUGUGUCGGCCGUAGCGUGUGCUCGAUGGAUUGGCAUCCGGAGCUGUCGGGUAUCUUCGUAGCAUCGUAUACCUUUGAGACGUUGUCAAAACACGCUAACAAGCAGCACAAUCAAUCAGACCAGCCCUUCGGAGACGCCCUCAAUCGGAUGACGUUUGAAAAAUGUACUGUACUGCUGUGGAGCUUUGAAGAUAGCUUGGAACCGUUGCUGGAGCUUAAGACAAUCCGCGAAGUGACGGCUGUCUCGUUCUGUCCGUACGAUGGCGAGCUACUGGUUGGGGGACUUUCGAACGGACAGAUUGUUCUGUGGGAUUUGAAAGGUGAACUAGAGCGGGUGGAGCGAGCGAAACAGGUAGCCCUUGGAUCGAGUGAAUAUCGCAAACAAAUUCGCGAGCUGAUGGAAUAUUCCGCCGUGGAGUGUAUUGAUCGUGAGGUAAAUCCUGCCGCGGUGAGUUCUCUGGAGCAUUCGUCGCGAGGUGCAAUUACCGGUGUGAAAUGGUUGCCUCGUAAUUAUUUCUGCACAACUACCGGCCAUUUGAAGUCUCAUGGAGAAAAUCUUCACCGAUUUAUGGUGACCACUUCGCUCGAUGGUAGCGUUUGCUUUUGGGAUCUUGAGUUUACAAUGCCUGCACUGCAGAAAAUGUUAGCUGCGUCUAAAACUGCACAGGUUGCUGAUAGAACAAUGUAUCAGCGUGUAAACAACCUCUUCUUUCCAACGUUUAAGCUGCUUAGCGAGGUACCCAUUGUAGCCUCCGUCAUCGAUGAAGCAAUCUAUCUUUCCAUCCCCCUGGAGAGUGUUAAGGAACUCACAAAGUGUGUAAAGCACCAGCAAGAGCCAGUUCCAACGAAUUGCAAAAUGCUUCUCAAUCUAGGAUCGUUUACGGGCCAGCUGAUGGAAGCCGCUUGGGAAGGAUAUGACUUCGAGCAAGGAGCGUUGGUGAACGAUGAGCAGUUGAAGGUAUUGCGUGUCUUCAGUCCGGUUCACGAUGGCCCCAUAAUGGCGCUGGAACGCAAUCACAUUUGUCGUAGCGUCUUCCUGUCGAUCGGUGGCAAUGUGCUAGCGAUUUGGAGCGCGGAAGAAAACAGUUCACCCGUAUUUUCGCGAAAGAAAAGCGUGAAGGUAACUGCGUGCCGUUGGAGCCUUGAUCGCGUGUCCGUCUUCUUCAUAGGAUUAAGCAAUGGAGACUUUGAAAUAUGGGAUAUGAGUUUAAAAACGUUCCGUGCAACGGUGUGCAUGAAUUUGGGCUCGGAAGCAUUGACAACCAUCUCUCUGCACCGUUUGGCAAGUGCUCGAAACUGUUUGGCCGUUGCUGAUCAUAAUGCAAAUAUCCGAAUCUUUAAAAUAGCUGCAGCAUUUGUGAAACCAUUGCCGGAUGAGGAAGAAGCGUUUCGCAGUAUGAUACAACAUGAGUUGGCCAGGAAAGCUAAACAGGCCAGUUGGGUGAAGGGUUAUUUCGAAAGAAAUGUGACGAUUAUUGAAGCUCAAAUACAAGCAGAAAUUGAUGCUAAAGAAAAGAAGCGACAGGAAGCGGAACAGGCGAGCUCGAUCGUACCGAACACGACCGAUACGGGCAAGUUGAAGAAAACGCAAGAGAUUGAUAAACGCAUGCCUUUGAGUGAGCGUCUAGAACAAAAGUAUCAGGCCAAGCACUUCCAAACACUGCUGCGAAAGCUGAUGGCAAGACGGAACGUAAGUCCGGAGCGAAUGGCGCGGCAGAUGCGUCCGGAAGUGGAGCGCCGUAAGUACAAUGCCGAAAAGCGGGAAGCAAUCGCAACGAACAUUUCGCUGGCAGAGAGUGACUUUACAAUUGUGCACAAACUGUUACGUCCCGUGGAGAAAUCGGUUCCCAUUGGAGAUGAAACGGCUCGAGAGGAGAAAAUCUCCAAGUACCGUACCGACAUUGCCGACUAUCAACGUGUAGAAUCGGAAGCGCAAGAAGUGUUACGUGUGCACUAUCUGCCCGAGAUGGACAGCUUUGUGGAGGUGUUGAUGAAAAGCAAGGAACGUCGUGACAAGAUGUGCAUCAAUGUCGGUACGAACAUGCAACAUUUGGUGAGCUACGAAAACAAACGCAGUCUGCGUCGGUUGGGAGUUGCUCCCAGGACGUUGUUGGAAGAUUUGAAACCAACUACAGAAGAGGAACAAGAUGUCGAGAUGCUGAACGAUGAAGUAAAUGAAGCACAGGUGGAAAAUCAAAAUGCAUAA